AUGACAUCGAAUAAAUGGCCUUGUUUAAAAAUUUGUUGGGUGUUACGAACAAGCUGUUCAUGGAAAAAAAGUGGGGCAUCAGAGAAAGAUAUCUUAGUCAAUGCACAUGCUUUUUUUGAACAAGAUGAAGGUGCACCAUUCAAUCUUGUAUAUGCAUGGAGGCUUUUAAAAGAUGAACCUAAAUGGAUGGAAGCAUGCACCGAAAAUUCUUUAAAGAGAAUAGAGAAUUCUACUAGUGGUGCAUACACGGCAUCGCCAAACUCAGAGACACCUUCAAGUUAUGAGUUUAACUCAUCAUCUCCAAUGGAGCGUCGAAUGGGACAAAAGGCGGCAGAACGAAAAGGUAAGGCAAAGGAAAAUACAAAUGCAACUGAACCUCCUUCUAGUGUUAUUUCUGAUACAAUAAAUAAAAGAAUGGAUUUAAUGGAAAAUCUAGCACGACUUAAGGAGGAAGAAAACAAAUUAGUCAAGGAAAAGAUGGAGUCUGAAGCACGACUUAAGGAGGAAGAAAACAAAUUAAUCAAGGAAAAGAUGGAGUUUGAAGCAAUGCAAUUCAUAAUGUCAGACACUUCUAAGAUGAAUGAUGCUCAGCGUGAAUUUCAUGAAAAACGUUGUAAUAACCUAAACGAAAAAUAUGGAUGGUAA